AUGUCCCUCUUUACCGCUCAACUUCAUCCUGGCCGAGCACUGGGCUUUCUAGUCCUCGGCGCAACCCUGCACGAUGUCCUCACCCGUCUCAAAGCCGAACCCCAGCGCUUCCCAAAGAUCGAGCUCUUAUACUCCCCCGACCGACCCGUUACCGAACCCGUCGGAGUCAGUCUCCCCGCGAAUGGCGUUCGGCUAAGGUUUGACGGUCCCGAGCAACGGCUGCGGCUUAUCGAAGUUACCGACUUUACCAAGAAUCACAUCACGUUCAAGGAGAGAGACCUUGUCAAGCCGGCAUCUACAGGAUCGCCUGUGCCAGGUGACUCGACAUCAGGACCAACAUUCAGGCACAUAUACCACAAGUUACUUGGACCAACAUAUGCAGGAGAGUUCAUUCCGCCACCCAAUGCUCAUGACAACGGCAUAUACGUCCUAUCGUAUCCUGGAGUUGCCUUCAACUUCUCACUAAACCCUUCUGAAUACUCCGCCGAGAAGGAUGUAGUGUCCACUUUCGCAUCGGCUUCUAGCCAAGUCGCAACAUCCAUGGCUGUAUUCAGUGGUGACUCGUGGGCCGAUGCCCGGCCGAACCUCUGGACAGAAAUACUGCCUAGUAUUAAGUCUACUACUGUGAUACCUCGUGGCAAAGACGUGUACCCUGACGAGAUCUCGCUUGUUCGGCUGUAUGGUGGUGGAAAGAUACAAAUGUUCAGGAAGUGGACAAGCAACUCCUUUAUCAUCACUCUUGGCGAAACGACACCUCAAGAUCUACUCAUGGAAUUAGGCCCCCCGAAUGCUAUAUAUCGCAAGAACGAUCAGAAGAUGGUCAUCCAUAAAAUGCGCGCCGCAAGCAAUACCAAAGCUCGACCAGAAGCCGUAGAUAUUGGCCGACCAGAGGAUUUAACUGAUACAGAUCAGUCUUCUCUGCACGAUGGAUCUGAUGCAUCUGAUAAUGAAGAAGCUGUCGAUGACCAUGUCGGCCUUGACACAAAUGGCGAAUGCUUCUACAAUUACUUCUACCUCGGGUUUGACAUCUUAGUAUCCACCCGCGUACCCCCUUCUCAGGCUCCUCCCGGAAACAGACCAAACGAAGCGGAGGGUAUCAUAUCACACUCUCCCGAUCGACUAGUAGCCACAAAGCUAGUACUGCAUGGCAACAUACCCGGUUCGUAUGAGUUUAACCGACACCGACGUUGUCGCUGGGAGAUCGCAUACUUGGACUCCUUUAUAGACGAUGCCAAUGGGCCAACAGAUUCAGAAACACCCUUCCCACGGAUCGAGGAUCGCAUGAACGCGAUAUGGGCGUCCGCAUUUCCUCGCAACGACUCGCAACAAAGACAACGCGGCAUGGUCCUUAAUCGUGGCUGGGGUGAUAGUCCGGGUAGCAGCUGCGAGUUCCUCGGAGGAUGGGAGGAGAGCGGUGCAAAGCGCGCCGAAGCGAAUGGCGACUCUACGACAACUUUGUAUGGAUUCCCAGGAAUGGUGUUUGAGGUUUUGAAGAAUGGCCAUGUCAAUACUGUUACAGUAUUUUGA